AACUCAAUUUAAAUCACUCUAUAAAACACACGAAUGUCAGAAAUGAACACAUCAAUGCGAUGUGUUAUUUUGAAAUGGCACUUUAAAUGCAUUAUAAUUUCCUCUGUGUAAUGUGGUUAAAAUGAUUGACAUUUCCAUGAAAAAAAAGUUGAAAACACAGUACAGUAAGUUUGCUUCCUGUGUUUUUGCAGCCUGGUCUGGCCCAUUACUUGGUCUGGUACUGAUUCCUGACCCAGAGGUUGAAAACCCCUGGCCUGCAGUCUAGUACAGCCAAAUUGUACAGUUUGUAGUCACUUGUUUGUUUUCAGCCUGUGUUGUAUGCUGGUUGGAAUUGCAGUCGUUUGCUGGUUAAUGAAUUAUGCAACGAGAGGCAAGGAUACCACAGGCUGUUGUCAAGCUGUCUGCUCCUGGUUAACGUUACAGCCCCUACAACACUGUGUGGGAGACGACAUAGCUGUGAUCUGAUCAAACUGGAGAAUCAGGAAAGGGAACAGUAGUUCAUGGAAGACAAGAAAAAGAAGAAAGAAGAUAAAAAGAAAAGGGAAACCUCCCAGAAGGUGCCAGAACAGAGAGUCAAAGUGCCAGAAUCAGCCAAGCCCUCCUGUUCCCAGCCCCUCGCCAGCCCAGGCUCAGUGUCCCCCAGCCCUGGCCCUGUUGUCCCCUCAUCCCCCAGUCCUGGUGCAGCUGUGGUUUCUGCACAAGUUCCUACAGGUGGCGGGAACAAUGCAAAGCAGCGGACUGCUGUGGCCAACGGACAGCCCUCCUCCUCCCCCUCUGGAAGCCAGACCUCCCAGCAGCAGCGAUACAUGUCCCGAGAAGUUCCGCCCAGGUUUCGCUGCCAGCAGGACCACAAAGUGUUACUGAAGAGGGGCCAGCCACCGUUGUCCUCCAUGCUGCUGGGGGGAGGAGCGGAAGGGGGUACAGGUGGAGGAGGUGGUGGCUGGGCAGCCACACCACCUGUUUCUUCACUGGGCACCGAUAACCCCAAUGCAAGCACAGCUGGAGGCACAGAUUCAUCCUCCCCUUCACCUCCCAACUCCUCAUCUUCAUUAUGUGUCGCUGCUCUGUCGUCUUCUUCUACUACUACAACUUAUGCAAAUUCCACAUGGGGGGCAGGCUCUGGCAGUCAGUCCUCAUCUCAGGGCUGCGGGACAGUGAUUGUGGAUGGGACUGACCUGGAGGAUUGGCCAAGCAUCCAAAGUGGGGCCAAAUUAAAUUCUGAUGUGGCUGUAGGAGGGGUGCAGGAGCCAGACUGCCCUGGAAACAAAAACAGUAGUGCCUCAUGGAGUGAAAGAAACAUCCAGCUGAAGGGAGGAACUGGAGGAGGAGGAGGAGCAGCAGGAAACAUGGACAAUCCUUCCCCACCUCAUUCUUCUCCUCUUUCCUCCUCUUCUCCGCUUAAUGAAUGUGUUCAGUCGAGUGAUGUGUGGGGCUCAUCCACCUCCUCUCAGGUGGAGGCUGGGUUAGGAUCUGCAGCAUUUUACAAUUCCAAAGUCUCCCAUCUUCUACCUGGGCCUCAGGAGAGUCCUGUGGGUGGCAGCAGCAGUGUCUCUGGUGCCAAUUUUAACCCCAACAUGAACCCCUCUGCCUGGCCUGCCCUGGUGCCAGGUGGGACACCAACGUCAGCUAAUGACAGCCUUCCACUACUCUCAUCCAUUACUUCAGCUUCCUCGUUUUCUGCCAGCACCACUCUUAUCACCACUCAUUCUCCUUCAUCUGUGAAUCAAAGUGGUCUUCAACAGCAGCACACUGAAAUGGCUGCUGCGGCCAGAAAUGAAGAACCGCAGCAGCAGCAGUUGGGAAACCCAGGGUUGGAGCUGGGUUCAGGUGGGGAAGCACGGGGAGCAGGACCAAAUCAAGAAGGUGAUGAUGACAGGGACUGUGGGGUUGCUAGUGUUGAAAAAGAAGGGAGCGGUAACCUUCGUGGCUCUUCGUCUUCCUCCUUAGUUGCCAGUUCUUCUUGGAGAUCCAUGCCGCCAUUGUCCUCUGACUUCAGUGCAGGUCCAUCACUGGCAGAGGGGUGGGGUGGAGGAGGGACUGGGGCUCAGGCUCAGGGUCAGGGUCAGGAUGGGAAUGUGUGGGCCUUUGGUAGUCAGAAUGAGAAAGCAGGGUGGGGCAGGGGAAAUGAGGAUGGUUCAAAUACCCCAGUGGUAUCUCAGGGAGCAUGGGAAGGAGGUAGUUCAGAGGCAGAGUGGGGUGGCACACCAGCAGGUGUAAGUUCAAGCAACUUGGCAAUAGGAAGUGGAAGAGGAGGAGAUGGGAGCAGCAGCAACAGCAGUAGUGGGGGCAGUAUUGGUGGCAGUGCUUUACAGGAAUCUGCUUCACCAAAGUUUGAAACUAUGACAAAAGCUUGGGACAAUCAGACAGGGACGGAGAGUGGGGGCGGGGCAGGUUGGGAGUGGGGUGGAGAAGGAGGAGGGCAGGGUGGAGGCACUGGGGGUGGAGGACCUUCGUCCUCUAGUGGAGGAGGCUCCAUAGCUGGAAGCGGUGGAGGAGGCUCAAUAGCUGGAAGUGGUGGAGGAGAGAGUGGUGGCAGUCAAAAACAUGACCAAUCCUCCCCUGUGGACCACCAUUCCAAGCAGACCUCCAAUGCUGAAGUGGCCUUACUGAGCAUGCUCAGUCGAUCAGACCUGGACCCCAGAGUUCUGUCUAACAUGGGCUGGGGUCAGACUCAGAUUAGACAGAAUGUGGCCUGGGAUCUGGACACCACAGCAGGAGCAGGAAACAGAAGUGAAAGGAGUACUUCAUCUUCCUCUGCAUUCUCAUCAGCAACCACGAACACGACCAGUGGCCGUGGACCAGGGUACCUAUCUAACUCCAGUUCACUAACUAGUGAUCCAUCUUCUGGCAGUCACAUGGCCAGUUUAAACUCUGCUGCAGUGAAGAAAGAUGGCUGGGAUGGUGGUUCUAUGCAGUCCACAAGUGGUAGUCACAUGCCUGGAAGCACUAUGAGAAAGCCAUGUCUGCCAGAAGAAGAUAUCAAGGGAAACCCAGGCAGGGCAGCUGGAGGCUGGGGUGAUCUCCCACCUGAAAACAAGGGCAAAGCAUGGGGGAGUGAAGAACAACAAUGGAGGGAUCACAGAGGAGGAGGAGGAAACAGGAGAGACAUUGGAGAACAGGGUAGUGACUGGGCUGAUGGUCCAGAGAAUAAGGGGCCAGGGGGAUGGAAGGGUACGGGAAGAGGGGAGGCAGGUGGUUGGGGUGGAGACUGGGGAAAGAAAGACUCUAUACCUGGAGGUGGGUGGGGAGAUGGACGAAGCCGAGGUGGAAGCAACUCCGAUGAGGGAUCUCCCUGGGGUAAUAUGGAUGAAGGAGGACCUCAGCGAGGAGGAUGGGAAGGUGGAGAUGUGGGAGGAGGCAAGUCCCACCAGGACUGGGGGAGUGCCAAGCCUCACCCAACAGCAGCACAGAUACCAAACAGCCAAGUGGCACCAUUGAAAGCCCCAAAUCAACAGCAGCACCAAUUACCAGGCCAGCAGCCACCAGGGGGUCCCAUGCAAGGUGGGUGGAGCAGUCGGUCCAAUGUUGGAGGUGGAGGUCCACCAUCUAAGACUAACAACCAAAGUUCAGGCUGGACCUCUGGCCCGAUCCCCCAAAUCUCUGGAGGUGGUGGGGACGCCCUGGAGCCCAGUGGCUGGGAAGAACCUUCCCCUCAGUCCAUCAGUCGCAAAAUGGAAAUUGAUGAUGGUACCUCGGCUUGGGGAGACCCAACCUGUUACAAAACCAAGAAUGUGAACUUAUGGGACAAGAAAGGUGCUGCGCCCAGCCAAAGCCAUGGUCCACAGGCCCCACCACCAGGCAUGCAGCAACAACAGGCCCCACCACCAGGCAUGCAGCAACAACCACCUAGACGGCAGCAGGGGCUGCAGCACAGCAGAGACACAAGCACUCGCAAUGCUUCAGUGGGUGCUGGUAUGUGGGGAGGAAGUGCACAGUCUGUGGAUAAUGGUACAUCUGCAUGGGGCCAGACUUCAGAUGCAGCAACAGGUUGGGGAGAUCCAGAUGAACCAAGCAAAGCUUCUGGCUGGGGGAACCCGUCACCCAGCACUAGUAAACCUGCUACAGGUGCCAAGUCAGUGGAAAGCUGGGGUGGGAAGGGUGAGGGCUCUGUUGCAGCCUCCCGUCACCCAAGCUGGGAUGAGGAAGAUGAUGGUGGUGGAGGCGUCUGGAACAGCACUGGCUCCCAGGGAAGCAGUUCCUCUUUCAACUCUGGAGGCUGGGGCCAGACUCAUGGGGGCAAGAGGGGCAACAUCAAGAGUGGUGGUGGGGACAGUUGGAUGAACCCAGUUUCGCGCCAGUUUUCAAACAUGGGCCUUUUGGGUGAUGACCCAAGUGAUGAUAAAAAGAUGGAAGACAAAAGAGGAAUAACUGACUAUAAUGGAGAGAUGCGCAGGGGAGGACGAGGCGGAGGAGGUUAUCGCCUGCCUAGCUCUAAAGACAUGGGUCCUGGUGACAUGGGGCUGUAUGGAGAAAAGAUGGGUGGCCAUGGAGUGUUUGUUGGCGGUGGAGGGAUGGCUCAGCCUCGAGGGAUGCACCAACCUGGCAUGCAUCCACUGAACUCCCAGGGGUUACGUGCUCAAGUGCCUCAUCAGUUCCUGUCUCCUCAGGUGCCAGGCCCUAUGCUGAAGCAGAUGCCCUCCCCUGGUGGAAGUGUGGGUGGAGUGGUUGGAGGAGUAGGAGGUGUCGGCAGCGUUGGAAGUGUUGGAGGGGUCGGUGGUGUCGGUGGUGUUGGUGGAGGAGUGUUCCCACCUCAGAUUUCCCCACAGCAGCUAGCAAUGCUCAGCAACAUUUACCCCCACGUUCAACAAUUCCAUCUGGCUUGCCAGCUCCUGCUACAACAGCAACAGCAGCAACAACAACAGCAGCAGCAGCUUCUGCAGAACCAGAGGAAGUUCCCUCAGCCUCAGCCUGUCAGGCAGCAGCCUGACCCACAGCAGCUGGCAAGGAUUAUGGCUAUCCUACAGCAACAGAGACAGCAUCAGCAGGGUGGCGUUGGAGGAGUUGCAACUGGAGGGGGGAGCUCCAAACUGUCACCCUCUCACCUGGGAGGAGGCCUCUCCAAACAGCCCAUGGUAGACCCCAUCUCACAUCCUGGAAUGGGAGGGCCUCUAUCAGACCUUCAUACCAAAACGCAAGGGAUGUACUCUGGGCUUGCCCCUGGGGGUAACCUGUCAGGACUGGAGCUUGGUCCCAUGAUGUCAGGAAUGAAGGACACAGGAGGACAGCAGUCCCGCUUCAAAUGGAUGAUGGAGGGACACUCCCCAGCUCCCUCGCCCCCUGACACAACGCUUUACAAGAAUGGCCCUCUACCCAGUGCUAUGAAGAUGAGAGGAGGAUCCCCAUACUCCCAGUAUGAAAUGCUAGGCAGCGAUGGUUUAGGUAUUCCACCACAGGGCUCUACAGACAACUGGCACCGAACUCCUGGUAGUAAAAUGGGGAACAAGCCUGCUACAUCCAGCUGGCCUCCAGAGUUCCAGCCUGGUGUUCCCUGGAAGGGAAUCCAAAGUAGUGGAGACCCUGAGACUGACCCCUAUAUGACCCCUGGUAGUGUUCUUGGCUCCCCGGGACCCCCAAGCCUCAAUGACUCUGACCACCAGUUACUGCGAGACAACAUAGGGCCAAACCCCUCCCUCAACACCUCGCUGCCUUCACCUGGUGCCUGGCCCUACAGUGCCUCAGACAGCCCCCUCAGCAAUGCACACAGCACAGGAAAGUACUCGGAGUACAAGCCCAGCUGGCCCCCAGAGCCCAUCGGACAAAACAAGUUUUGGAAGACCAAUCGCAACAGCUCUCAGCUGCCACGCCCCCCUCCUGGCUUAACUAAUCAGAAACAGGCCUCACCCUCCCCAUGGAAUAGUGGAGGACCACGGUUGGCCCGGAGCUGGGGAGGAGGUGGAAUUAAUCAAGAGUCGAGAUUUGGACCAGGCUCAGCUUGGAGCGAUGGUGUGGCUUCCAGAGGCAGCUGUUGGUUGCUGCUGAGCAACCUGACUCCUCAGAUUGAUGGCUCCACACUGCGGACUAUCUGCAUGCAGCAUGGGCCCCUGCUGACCUUCCACCUUGGCCUGACCCAGGGCAGUGCUCUGAUACGCUACAGCAGCCGACAGGAAGCAGCCAAGGCCCAGGGUGCACUCCACAUGUGUGUUCUGGGCAACACCACAAUCCUGGCGGAGUUUGUGAGUGAGGAAGAAGUUGCUCGCUAUUUUGCACAUUCCCAGGCUGGAGGGGCAGAGGGGGCCAGCUCAGGAGGGGCUACGACUGGUGGAAUGCAGGGCUCGUCUGGUACAGGCACUGCUGUGGCCAGCAGUGGUGGGAGUUCCCCAGGGAUUGAGCGGACAGCAGUGGGCACAACUUCAGGUGGAAAUGGUGGAGGUGGAGGAGGAGGGGAAAGUGGAGGAGCAGUCCUAGGCAGUGUGAGGUCCUCCAGCUCUGGCUGGCAAAGUCUUGAUGGUACAGGCAGUUCUUCUGACACCUCAUCAGGUCAAGGUCCUGGACUGGGGAUAUUUUCUCAGUGGAGCACGAACGGGUCAGGGGAGGGAGGAGGAGUUGAGACUGGGAGGUCUGGGCUCUGGGGGGGCAUGACCGCUGGAUACCCCAGCAGCAGCCUGUGGGGGGCACCACAAAUGGAAGAGAGGCACCAAAUGGACAGCCCUGCUGCUUUGUUGCCUGGUGACCUGCUUGGGGGAGGAGCUGAUUCCAUCUGACGAGGCCCUUCCAUUUGUACGUGUAGGUUUGGACACACUGAUACGACAUACACUGGGUUACACAUGUACUUACUAUAGCACACACACAAACACAUUUACAUGGUAUGCAUAUAAAUGUACUACACAUAUACCACAUGUGCAUACAUAUACAUUGUAUGCAUAUUGAUGUGCACACGUAAAGCAGAAAUGUGAGACAUGCUUACACACAUUCUUGUGGCCAGACUUAAGCUAUUAUAUAAACAAAUGCAGGGACUGUUAGAUGUGUAUACAGCCUUUUUCCACAGAUGAAGAUUUCAACUGCUUAGACUUGAAACCUGAAAAAGAAUGAAAAGUCAGUUGGUCUGAAAGACUUGACUGGAUUGCUAUGUGCUUAGUAAAUAGGGGACUUUUCAACAGAUUGACAUACACAUGCACACACCAAAUACAGACAAGCCUUCAGACAGUUGGGCACUGUAAACAGCAUUACCUUCAUCGUAUAAGAGAACUUAAAACUACUACAUGAUGUGAGGUUAAAGUGCACAGUUUGUAUUCACGUCCCCUCAACAAUGGAGACCGAAUCCAAACAAAUGCAAGCAGCUCUGAUUGACAACAGAACUGUAUCUUACUGUGUAUGUUAAAUUUGUUUUUCUGUUUUUUUUGUUUGUGUGUAUGGUUUUAAUUUUUGAACAGUGAAAAUAUUGAAAAAUGUCAUUGUUCUGUUUUCAAAAUGCUGACCUCCUACUGUUGUAUCUCACGCACUCUCUCACUCUCUCUGUUAUACUCUCUUGAACAUGUUUGUUGCUGUUGCAGUGAUAAAUGUUAAAUUGUUGGCAGUUUGGGGCUAUGUUGCAUUUCUCCAUGUGUCGAUACUGCGCGCAGUAUCCUACAUACAUGUGUAUGAGUGAGACUGAGACCAAGUAAGUGGGUUAAACCACCACAGUUUGUGUGUCCGAGUGUGAGAAUUAUGUGUGUGUGCAUGUUAAUGCCUGUCAUUAUGUGGGCAAGGCUGCUUACUAUACAGAAGGUCUAUACAAAAAUGUGUUUGAGUGCAUUUGGUAUACUGCUGACUGUGUUAAGAAAUAUUGGCACUAAUGCUUUUUUCUCAUUUGAAGUUGUUUAUUUUUUUUUUUAGCAGACAUGUCUUUUUUAUUGUCCAACCUGCAAUAAUAAAAAAAAAAGAACAUUUUAAUGACACAAAGAGCUGAAGGCAUAUGCGUUAAUAUAAAUGGACAUGCCAAAUCUUAUCAAACUGUGUGCAGUGGGAGGGAUGGGUGGGAUGGGUUGUUUACAGAUGCAGAUUAAGAGUUACCGUACGUUUUUAAUGUUCUGUUGUUGUGUAUUCGUUUUAAAUUAAGACAGGCUUUAACACUCCUGUUCAGUGUUUUCGUUUUGAGAUUUUACAAAUGAAAAAUUUAUUUAAACAAAUGAGAACAAGAUUAAUAAAGAUGAAAGUAUUGGCUUCUA